CUGUCUGGAUAGGUAAAGACAAGCCCAACGGAACGGGCACUGUUGCUGUGGUUCUAUUGGACCCCACAGUGAGUGAGGGGCAUACCUUAUGGCAUGGACACACAAACUGGCUGCCGACUCCCAGCUCAAACUCGACGGAGACGGUUCCGUCUUUACUAGCCGACACAUUUUUCAAGACUGUGACACAAGCGACCAAAACAUAACCAUGGUUCGAGCAGCCCACGCGAGCGCCACAACUGGAUCGCCUCGUUCUCGUGAAGCCGAUGCUGUAUGCUAUUUGCGCGGAUUGGCUCAUAGCCUGCGACUACGUAAAAGCGCGCCUCGGUUGGAUUGAGUGGGAUCUUGAGAUGCCGCACAGGUUUCGUUCGAAGGGGGACAGUAUUGACAACUCUUUGUCGCGAUUGCAUACCUGGAGACGGGUGUUGCCCGUUUACCGGGAGAUGGUUACAGAGACACUAGAACAAUCUCUGCCAGCUGCCGGCAGGCUAACGUCAAGCCCCGAACUAUCCACCGAGCCAGGUCUAGACGAUGUAAGGAGAGACUUUCAACGAGUUCUUAAUGCACUAGACGAGCUACUUUCACGCGUCGAUCGUUCCACGGCGGUAGUGAUGGCUGAGAUUACCAUCGAGGACUCACGUCGGCAAAUGCAAGAAAACCACAACUUGGCCAGGUUAGCGUGGCUGGCGACAACGUUUCUCCCUCUGAGUUAUAUUACUGGCCUUUUCAGCAUGCAAAAUGAUAUAGCAGACAUAAGAAAAACGUUUGGUUAG